AUGGCUGAUCAGAAGCCUGUUGAAGACCCUGCCCCCGUGUCUGCGCCGGAGAAGCGGGAGGAACCCGUGUCGGCUGCUGGAACUGACAAUGCCGCCAUCAAGGCCGCGUCCGCCACCGGUUCCGUCGUGAAGGAAGAUGCGCUGGCCACUGAGACCGCAGCCAAGGAUGCCGCCGCUCUGGAGUCCGCCCCCAAGCCGGAUGAGUCCAAGUCUGAUGAGCCAUCCUACCUUGCCAACAACCCGGCUCUGAAGAAGUUCUUUGGAAGUCUCCCUGGCCUUGUUACCAGCACCGGUCAUGCCGAAAUGUGGGGUGUGCCCCUCAAGGACAGCAACGACAUUCCCACUGUCAAUGUGUUGAUCAAGUUCCUGCGUGCCAAUGAAGGCAAUGUCCAGGCGGCCGAGGACCAGCUUUGCAAGGCUCUCGAGUGGCGCAAGGAAAUCAACCCGCUGGCGCUCGUCGAGUCCGGUCAGUUCAGCGCUCGCAAGUUCGCCGGUCUGGGAUACCUGACCACCUAUGAGGACGAGGGUCGUCUGGAGGUGUUUACCUGGAACAUCUAUGGCGCCGUCAAGGAUGUGAAGUUGACGUUCACCGACACGGACGAAUUCGUCAAGUGGCGUGCCACGCUGAUGGAGUUGGCCGUCCAGGAGCUGAAGAUGAAGGACACAACCGAGGUCAUCCCCUACGACGGCGAGGACCCCUACCAGAUGGUCCAAGUGCACGACUACCUCAACGUCAAGUUCUUCAGCGUCGAUGCCGUCGUGCGCACCGCGACCCAGAAGACCAUCGAGGUCUUCGCCACCGCCUACCCCGAGCUUCUUCGCGAGAAGUUCUUCGUCAACGUCCCCGCCGUCAUGGGGUGGAUGUAUGCGGCCGUCAAGGUCUUCGUGUCCAAGAAGACCACCCGCAAGUUCCACCCCAUCUCAUAUGGGACCAAUCUGGCGCGUGAGUUCCCGGCGGCUGUGGCAGACAAGCUGCCCAAGGCGUAUGGUGGAAAGGGACCUGAGCUGGACGUGGCCGGUCGGAUCGUGCCCCUGGUGGAGGAUGCUGGGAAAGAGGACUUGAAGUAG